GGUUUAUUGGAUAGUAUAAAAAUGAUUAUAAAUGUUUCAAAGUAUAAGUUCUCUCUGUCUAACUUACAUCAAGAUGAAAGGUAAAGUGAGCAGUGUGAUUUUGUGCAUUUUCGGAUUUUGUGUCAUCGCUCAAGGCGCGACUUAUGAUCUGCGUAACGUUCAAAAAUACUAUAAAUGCUGGGUAUAUGCUCAAUGCUAUUCAGAUGGACCAGCGGGGAGGGAAUUUGAAAAGUGCCUCAAUAACAAUUUCACACCUGAACUUCUGAAAGAAACUUACACGACUGUUGUAAAACCUGCCGGGAAUUACUAUAGUGACGCCUAUAACGGGGAGGUUGGAGAAAUGUGCAGUGAAUAUGAGCCCGACAGGGUUGAAACAUAUAAAAGGGAAAUGAACGCAUUUACCUCCCAUGUACAGAACGUCUGUAAGGAUCCAAACAAUAAAGAAACAUGCUCAAGACUUAGUGGCUUCGCAGAUUGUGUUGGAGCCCUUGAGGAUCGAUUGAGGGAAAAUGAUCAGUGCAACAAUAUCUAUGGACCAUUCAAGUAUGUGGUGUCGGCCUUUUCAUGACAAAAAAAACACAAUUUUUUUCCAAGAAGCAAUUUUUUUUUUUAAUUAAUUGCUUUCAUUCAUCAAAAUUUUUGUAGGAUGGAUGCAAAAAUGUUAUUCUUGAAAUCAAUAAAUAAUGAACUUGUAUGAAGAAAUAUA